CCGGAGCUCAGCUCAGCUCACUAGCGGCUGCAGGUCAAAACCAGAAGAGCUCUCGCUGUCUCUUUCCGUGUCUGUGCGUGUGCUUAGCUACAAAAGCUACACACCAACGCCAUUCUCCCGACAAGAUGCCCACCCUUUUAACUUGCUUUUAACUCUUCCGCUCGGCGCUUUUAAAGCCUGAGGAUACUGGUAUGUUACCGGAGGAUGGAAACGGACGACGUGUCGGUUAGAGAGCAACUUUUCCACAACCGCGUCCGGGAGACUAUAAUCUGCGUGCUCCUGUUUACAUGCCUCUACAUGGUGUCCUACCUCAUCCUCACCCACUUUAAGAAGGCAGCAGAGUUUGUCACAGAUGAUAUUGAAGAUGCCACCGUCAACAAAAUUGCGCUGUGGCUGUGUACGUUCACCCUGUCCGUCGCGGUGUGUGCCGUGCUCCUUCUACCCAUCUCAAUUCUGUCCAACGAGGUUCUGCUCACCUUCCCACAGAGCUACUACAUGCAGUGGCUCAACGGAUCCCUCAUCCACGGCUUGUGGAACCUAGUUUUUCUAUUCUCCAAUUUAUCCCUGGUCUUCCUCAUGCCCUUUGCUUAUUUCUUCACCGAGUCCGAGGGGUUUGCAGGGUCCAAAAAGGGGGUGAUGGCACGAGUGUAUGAAGCAGUUGUGCUGCUCUUGCUGCUGGCUCUGCUUGUGCUGGGUAUUGUGUGGGUGGCUUCAGCCCUCCUCCAUGACAACAUCGCACGGAAGAGUCUCUAUGACCUGUGGGAGUAUUACCUGCCCUACCUGUAUUCGGGUAUCUCUCUGUUUGGAGUGCUGCUGCUUUUGCUGUGCACUCCCUUUGGGUUGUCUCGAAUGUUCAGUGUAACCGGCAGCCUGCUCGUCAAACCGCGGCUGCUGGAAGAUGUUGAAGAUACUCUGAGCUGCACCAUAUUUGAGGAAGACACUCUCUCCAGGAAACUCAAAUGUGGCAACACAUGCUGGGAUAAGCUGAACAUGGAGGUUAUGAAAAAAGAGUACCAAGCGGUCCAGAGCAAGCGCGUCGCCCUGGAAAUGCGUAGGAAAGCAUCCCCAUGGCAGCGAAACCUGGGCUAUCCGCUAGCUAUGCUUAUGCUCCUCGCACUGACGGUGAUGUGUGUACUCAUGGUGUGUUUCAAUGUGUUGGAGUUGCUACUGGAUGAGGCAGCUUUGCCCAGAGGAAUGGAGGACCCUCACCUGGGGAUGGCCUCCUUCUCCAUGUUCGGCUCCCUGGGCGCCGCAGUUCAAGUCGUCCUUAUCCUCUACCUAAUGGUGUCUUCAGUGGUGGGUUUCUACAGUUCUCCCCUCUUCACUGGCCUCUUGCCUCGUGCACAAGACACUAACCUGACGCAGAUAAUUGCAAACUGUGUUUCACUGCUCAUCCUGAGCUCCGCUCUGCCAGUCUUUUCACGCACACUUGGGAUCACCCGCUUCGAUCUACUGGGCGACUUCGGUCGGUAUAACUGGCUCGGGAACUUCUACGUGGUCUUUCUGUACAACAUGCUGUUCGCCGGUCUCACGUCGGCCUCCCUGAUAAAGACGGUCACCUGGGCAGUACAGAGAGAGCUCAUCCGUGCCUUCGGUCUCCACAGGCUGCCUUUAACCGUGUCACGCUCCACCGUCCCCUUCAGACUCCUCCUGGCCAGUGGACUGUCGAAAAUCCAGUGACUUAAUCUUCCUCACCGCUGCCUUUCCUAACAUUUUCAAAGUGAGCCAGUGCGUACCUGUUGCAUUAAAGGCAUUUGCAAUUCAGUCCGUUUGCCAGUUGGAACACAGGCUGAGUCGCUCCGUAUGAGUGGACUGGAGAAGGUGACGAGUCCGUCUGCACUGUGUCUACUGGGAGCCUUCUGGAUGCUGUGUUUAAUCACCAAUAUGUCAGGGUCAAGGUUUGUGCCGCUGUCUGACUGCAAAGACGAGUAAUGGAACAAGCCGCUAUCGGGAGUCGUGGAUAUGACUGGAACGAGGGGAAAAGGGAUUAAAGCCAUGUCGGCAGUGCUGCCGUAGUGAACCAUAACCCAACAGUCCCCCAGCAAACCAGACGCCUUAAAAAAGAAAAAAAAGAAAAAGAGGAUCCUUGGAUAACUGUUGCUCUGUUGACAUAAUUAAAAGUCAGCAGAGUUAUUUUGAAAUAUUACAUUGUCGCUGUGACAUAAUUUCCUCUUCCUCCUUCAGGUCGAUUGAGUGCUCUCUCUUUCUUUGUGGCCUCCCCACGCUUUCCUCUAGGGCUGUACCACUAUUUUAAGAUUGGGGAUCCUCUGUUUCCAUGUGCUCGGUGGCCCAGUCUGCAGCAGUGUUAAGUUAGCGGUUGUGCAGGUUUAGACGGGGGAUUACAGGUGGAUGUUAUAGUCUCAGUUUACUGGAAUUAAGAACAUUUUCUCUGAAGGUUUCUUUUAAAACUGGGUUGUUAUUUAUUUUUUUGUGUGACAGUAAAUUUGCUGAGGGGGGGCUCUAGGCCAGGAAUUACAAAACAUAAAAACAAAAAAAAAAAACGGAAAGCUUUACACAUUGUCUUAUGCAAGACCUUUGAAUGCCAUGUAACACUCAUUAGGAGGAACGUCUGCCUUACGUCAAUCAAACUGUGAAUCAUUAAGAAAUUGUAUGGGGGAAGUGCAAUAUCUUAGAAGUAAAAGCACAUUGUGUUUUUACUUUACCAAAAGUCUUUUUUUUUUCUAAUUUUCCGUAUCUUUUCUACUCGUUUUCUGUGAAUUAUUUUUACAUAUCAUUCCUUGUUGGUUGGACAUUAGGGUGAAUGCUUAAAUAUGUAAAUAGGGUAUUUUUAAACUGUAAAUGUGACUGCUGGGGCUUGCAGUCCUUACCAGUGUCAUUUUUUUAAUAUUAUUAUUACUUUUUAGGUUAUGAUAACUUGAAUUCUAUAAUAUCAGCAUUAUUUCCACAACCCUGUGUUGGUGAUCCUGUGUCACCGUUUGCUUUUUGCUGCUGUAUCAGCAGGUUAUUUGCUGUUGGUUUGUCCAGCAGAUGUCUCUAAAAUCCAACACCAGCCUCUGCUCUGUGUUGUGUAAGGUUCUCCUCUCUCUGUCUGUCUCUCUCUGGUUAGUUAUUAUAUGCACUACACAUGGAGCGCUCUGGGAAUAUUCCUUCAGAUGUUUUGAGCAUUCACAGUUCGUAUAGUUUUUAUCAUUAUUUAUGGAGACAUUGGGGUCCACACUUCACAUAACGAUCCGGUAGAACUUUGUUGAAUGUGAUGCAUCUGAGACAAAAUAAUCAUUAGUAGUUGUCAAAGAUUUUUUUUAAAAAAAAACGUGUUUAAUGUUUACUUUUGAAAUGCUCUGACUAUUUUUUUUUUUCUAAACAUCAUCGUUUCACUGUGCUGUGAGCCGAAAGCAAUAAAAAUGUCUGUGUUUUUAA